ACACCUGAGACUGAUAACCAAGUCAGGGGAGCUCGGAGGAGAGUGACAGGACGAUACAAAUGAACCACAACUCUAUUGGCUUCCCUCUCAGUAGCAUAUUGCUCAAUUAUAUAUAUUUUUCUAGCUAGUGUUUUUGUCAAAUCAUGGAUGUUAGCUUCUGCUUUGGGUAAGUUUCUGCUUCUCUUCAUGUGCUUUCAACUGUGCGAUGUGAAUGGAAGUUAUGUUACCACUGAUCUACAAGGUGCCAUUGAGACCGAAUGUCGCGAUCGAUAUUUCUGGGUGUCUGUUGAUGUGGGCUUUGCAGGCCAUGUCCCAAGAUUUGAGGCUGUAGUUGAAAAUGGAGUGCAUAUCAUUAGUGAGGAUCAUGCAUCCAUGUGUGGCUACACAUUGAACAACUUGAAUGGCCGGGCAUCUCUGAGAGCUUCCUAUUUCUCCUGCCACACCGAAAACAAGAAUGACAGCAACUUCCUUUUCAAGCUGAAUGUUGUUUUGACUGACCAUACUGGGAGAGAGAAUAAAUACUCUCUCACCGAGAACUGCACACUGCCCGUUGACUGGUCCUCAAAAGAGAUCCUCUGUGAAGAAAACUACAUAGAGGUGACGGUGGCGAGAGAUAUACCCUGCAGAUCUGAUAAACGCAACACUCCCUGGCUGGCUGCUCUUGCUUUCGCCCAGAGAUCUGCCAUCUCCGAGUGGCAGAUAAUGUUCCUGAAUCAGGACUUGCAGAGCUUGGAUGCGAUGUCUAUCUCUGAUGCCAGGCGAAUGGGAUACAUGCUGGAUUCCACUCCAAACAGGGUUGUCUUUCGCUCUGCCUACAAUCAGACACAUUCAACAAUCACAGAGAUUGAUCGCAUUGCUGUAGAGGUGAUUCAUGCAACAGUGUUUUUCAGGCAGAAAUGGGCUGUAGUGAUGCUUGACACGUCUGCGGCAUGUACGAUAGCCCCUAGCUCAUUUGAUGGAGUGAUUUUGCACUGGAGAACUCCCAAAGUCAUGACCCCCCUGGUGCAGGACUUCCCUGGGUUUGUAAGCAGGAGUAUUGAGCUGGGUGUGGAUGCUCGGCUCUUGGACGAGGCCACCAGGAAAGCCAUGGGUUACGUACUUGGAGAAGAUGGGCAGGUGGUGCAAGUAUCAGUGCCUUUUGGUGCACCAGGAGGUUACAUAAUGAGCUUAGUCGAAAAUAAUGUCUAUAAAGAGAGUUACAAGGCUUUCCUGUGCUAUGAGCACAUCUAUUCGCAUGUGUUUAUGGAUGAUAAUGAAAUAGAGACCAGACAUCGCCAGCUACGAGUUAUGGAGACACCACUAGUUCCUCGGAUUCCUUUCGCUAUAGAUGAAACUGUGCCUCAUGAAGAAGUGUUCACUGUAUAUCUUGGUAGUUUUGCUUCGGAUGUGGAGCUCAUUGCAAUCAAGCUGAAUGAGAACAAUCUGUCAGUAACAGAUGCCAUUCAACAGCAUUACCUCAUUACAAAAAUUCCCCACAUCAAUGGGUCCCAUGGCUUCAUCAUUAAGGUUCCUUUUGAAGAUAAAUCUGUUAACAGAAUGUAUUUGGGUGAAGGACUUCUCCAGUACUCUGCAGAAAUGAACUACACCCUAAAUAUCAUCGAGCGAAAUGACACAUUUUUCCACCAUGUCUCUGUUGUGGCACAUGUUAAUGAUGCUUUCCCUCCAGAUGUCACUGCUUUCUGUACAGCACAGAGCAUAAUAUUCAGAAUAAAUCAUCCGAAGCAAGCUGGACUUUGGGAGGUCUGUGUGGGGCAUCAAGCUCUCACAUCUGACUUAUCUAGACUGAAGGGAUACAUACUGAAAAACGACAGUCAGAGUAUGACUCUGGAGGUCCCACUCUUCACAUCGGGCUACAUUUAUGAGGACAUCACAUUGAGAAACUUUGUUGGCACUUUUGAAAUUCUUAUAAGAGACUCGAAGACUCUGGAGAUUCACAAGAGAACAACAAAGCACUGUUACUUUCAGACUGAAGAACUAACGGUGUGUUCCACAGAUGGAAUGAUGACCGUGGUGGCAACUACUACAAAAACCUGGCCAACAGUGCCACCUAGCAGCACAACCCUUCUAGACAGAAGAUGCAGACCCAAGGCAACUGAUGAGACAAGGGUCAUGUUUUCUUUUGGUGUGGAUACAUGUGGAACUAGAUUAAUGUUGGGUGAUGGCUACAUUGUGUAUGAAAACGAGGUCAUUUCUGAUGGAGGUGUCAUAAUUGACCAGGAAUCAGCCAUUACAAGGGAAUCAAAAUUUAGGCUCACUGUGAGAUGCUUCUAUGCACUUGACUCUGUUAAAAAGGUUUUUACAUCCAGAUUGUUUGAAGGACCUGGAUUUGGUACAGUCAAAAUUACAGACACUACAGUUGUAAAAGGACUACAAGGAAACCUUAUCAACUCUCACGCAGCCUCUGUUUUUGACCCUAAACCGUGGCCAAACGACCUUCCUAAUGAGCCUGGCAGAGGCUGCUGUUCUACAGAUGCGGAGGAGACACAGUUUCUGCAAAGAGGACUUCCACACCGUGCAGAUCCCUCAUCAAAUCAAGGCAGGAAGACAUCAGAACACAGUUACCACGCCAGCAAUAUUCCCUAUCCACACAGACAUGCCCAACUCUUCAAGCAAUCUGGUGUGCAGUUUAACCCUCAAUCGAUUAUCAAACACAGUUCUGGUCCAUCUAUGACACCUGCAGGGCAGCAGAACUCUUUUGAUGGCUUGUUUAAAGACUACAGAUCUUUCCUGGUUGACGUCCCACAGAAGACUCCUAUGAAAAGGAGUGGUCAAAAUCAAGACAAUUCUGUGAUGAUUGGUGACGACAGUUCUGCUUCGGCUUUCUACAGAGGAUCAAAAAAUGCGUCACACGUCAUGAAUGAAACCUUGCCUUCCAUUUUAUAUUCUCUCAUUGCCAUCAGUAAUCCAACAAACUACAAUCCAAAUAGCAAUAAAGUGAGUGACCAGCUUUUCCUGAAAGAAUACAUGGACCAUUACACUCCUGACGGUGAUUUUCAACACUCCCCUGAUCAUUUUAAUGAGUUGAUUAACAAUCCGUCUACAAAAGAUUCUUCUCUCUACACUGAAAAUAUUAUUUCUAAAAAACUUGAAGCAAGCGAAGGUGAACAGGGCCAAAAACAUUUGGAAAGUUACAUACUUGCCACUGAAAGCAGUGCUCAGCCAUUCAACGGAUUGGAAAAAGUAGGCCUUUUAAAUGUAGUAGGCGAGCACAACAAUUUCAUGCAUGAAGAUGAUGACGAUAAUUCAAAGAAAUUCGCUUUUUUGCAUACACAACAGCAAAAAGAAGUUGAAGAUGGGCAUUUUCUUUCUGAUCAUAAGCUUUUAGCGGUAAAACCAUCAUAUGACAAAUUGAGAGGGACCCUGUUCUUCCCUGGUAGCAGAAGCCGUUACGGUUCCAGCAUUCAUAAAGGAAUAAUAACAGGAUGACCAUGGAGGCUGUUUCUUGUCAUGAUGAGGAAAGUGCAAUGAGAUUUGACAAAUAACAUGACAGUCCCAGGUGGAAAAAUCAAGCCCAUUCAAUCUGAGGGUGUAUUGUAUUUGUCCAGUCCUGGCAUACUGCUUUUGCAAAUAAAAUGCAUUGUGAUCACUAACUGUCAAAUUAAGUUGUAAUUUUUCUUGGUUAACAAAACAAC